AUGACGUGGCUAAUGACCAAACAAAGUAAAAGUUGCAAACAAUCUUAUCGAAAUUGCCAAAAUGAAGAACAUAAUUUAUUUGCGAAGAUGCUCGAGGCAGAAGCUAAUCCCCAUAUGAUGGUCAAGGAGAUUUACAAGUCAGCCCGGAGCAAUAGAGAAGAUGAAAUGAUCCGAGGGCAUAUUGACACUGCUGCACCAUUUGAGUCAGUUAAGGCAGCGAUCAAUAAGUUUGGUGGUGUUGUUCAUCGUGAGGCUAAAACAAUUCCAGCUGCAGAGAGGCAGAAAACUAUACAACUUGAAUUUGAGAAAGUACAAGAAGAAAUUCUAGAGCACAGAAAAGAAUAUGAAGCUGUAGAAGAAACCAAAGCACAAGUGGUGAAGAAGCUAGAUGAUGCAAAGAGAUAUAUCGAAGAGCUGAAGUUGAGCUUGGAGAAAUCAGAAAGUUCGGAGAGAAAGGCCAAGGAGGAAGCUGAGAUUGCAGAUGUGAGACUGAGACAACAGCAUCGAGAAAUCGCCAGCUGCGCAAGUGUUGCGAACAUGGGAAAAUUGGAGGUUGCCAAAGAACUCAUUGAUGCAGAGUUAGCAUCAGCAAAGGAAGAGCUAGAACUGAUGAUGAGGGCUAAAAGGUUGGUUUCUGAAUCAAAUGAGAUGGAGGUGAGAACCAACAAGGAAUUGCUUGAGCUGGCUCAAUCUGCACAUCUUGAAGUUGAGGAACAAGAUUUUCAAGUUGAGCAGGACAAGUUAAACUGGGAGAAGGAAUUGAAGCGAGUGGAGAAUGAGUUGCAACAGUUCAAUGAGUUGCAACUCCGGCAAACAAAUGAGCUAGAAUCAAGACUAGACAAAGUUUCUGCCGCACUCUCUGAGAAGAAAGCUGAAUUGACUUCAUUCAAAGAAUUACAUGAGGCGAGGGUUGACAUUGAGGAAGCAAAAAAACGAGUCGUCGAUCUUAAAGCUACUGCUUUUUCACUCUCUGCCGAGUUGGAGACGAAGAAGAGAUUCCUUGAAAGCUUGAGAGAAAAGGAAGGUUUGGCUAUUGCCUUUGUGUCAUCUCUUGAAGCUGAACUUGAGGCCAUGGAAACCAAACUAGAACAGGCUAUGGCACAUGAUUCAUCCGAUAGAGUCACCUUGUCGAUAGAAGAGUAUUUCAAACUUAGCCAGAAAGCGAACGAAGCGGAAGAGAUGGCGAGAAGAAGGACCAUCUCUGCCAUUGAGCAACUCAAAGAAGCCAAGGAAUCCAAAGCGAGGAGGUUGCAGGAGCUGGAGGAAGCAAAUAAGAAGAUCCUAAGACAGAAGAAGACAUUGAAUGCUACAUUGGAAGAGAUAGAGAAGACGAACGAAGCUAAACUCAACGUGGAGCAAGAGCUGAGGAGGCCGAGAGGUCAGGAGAGGAUGGCGACGAGUGGCGUUGCAAGGAGUUUAUCUGCCGUAUCGGAUCCCGGUGUCUUGUUGGAUAAAAAAUUCCGCGUUGUCGAAGCGGAUGAAGCACGCACGAGGAGGUCGAACAACUUCAAAGCAGCUGGAUGGGCGAGGAAGAGGAGCAAAUCACUGCUUCCGAAGAUUUUCAAUUUUUGGGGAUAA